UUGGUUUUAAUCAUUGUCACAUCUGAGUGUCUACCACUCAGUUUUGGUUUGGUUUGCUCUGAGCCUAAUAAUCCGUCUUUGAGGUCAUAGCUGUUUCAUAGCAACCUUGACCCAAGUGAGUGAUGUGCUCCUGUGUUCUGUGGAGGUAAGGGAGUAGGCCACGAGGUGGGCAGGGUUAUGUAUCCCUUCCCCCCAAAAAUACCUUCAGCGCCCUUGUGAAGGAAGAGUGUCUAGAAUGGGGAGAGGGCUGUAUUCGGGAUUGCCCGUCUUGCCCGUAAACAUUAGGAUUCUAAAAGGGCAGCUUGGUCCUUGUUUCCGUGAAUUUUCAUUUCUAUUUAAAAUUCCUUACCCAUGAACAGAGUUUCACACUUUACCAAGUGUUUUCAUGUACAGUUUAUCAUUUAUUGCCCAAAGUGACCCCCCUGAAGUAGAGCAGGUGGUCUUAAUUUACAAAGGAGAAAAUAGAAAUAGAAAUUCGGGAAGGAUCACUCGCUUGCUUGCCUCCCAGUCCAGAGUUCUUAAUCCUUUUUUACAGAAGGUUUAGGAGCCUUAAAAGUCAAUAAUAACUUAAUGUAAGGUCAUCCUCUUUUAUUUAUUUUUUUAGACCUGGUAUUUGAUUUCUGGGUCAGAUUUAAUUGGGGUUUUGAAGCUCUUUAAUUUGGAUCCCAUGUUCGGAGAGGAGGGGUGAGGUGAGGAGGAGCAGCUUCGCGAUGCAUUCGAGGUAAUUUGGACCUUCACUUCAGAAGCUGAAGUCUCUUCGUCUUUGUCUUCCCAAGAGGGUGGGUUUAAGUCAUGUAAGGGCGUGGACAGAAUGAAGACUGGAGAGGUGGGCACCGGCGAGCAAGAGCUGGUAAAGCAGCAACGUGGUGACUUUUCCCUCUGCCUUGUGGCCUCGCCUGUUCAUAAGGACUGGACCCGUGUCGAUCGAGUCGCAGCUUGUCCUUGACCACAGGUGCAGCCCAUCUUUUGAUGUUGAGGGAGAUCCUGCGUCAAAGGAACGGAGUGAGGAUGUAGAGGAUUCGCCGGGGACAGCUCGGGUGCCGGCUGACGGUGGGGAGACAUGAGGACCUCGGCCGCUGGUUUCCUCCUUGGGAGCCUGGUGUUGGCCUUUGGUCGGCCUUUGGUGGUGACUUCACCGAAAACACUGGCCAUCCCAAAGCAACUUCAGCAAGCCGUGGGGCGGGUUAUUGUCAGUGCCACCACCUGCACGGUCACCUGUGGCCUUGGCUAUAAGGAAGAGACGGUCUGCGAGGUGGGCCCUGAUGGCGCGAGAAGGAAGUGUGUGUCUCGGCGCGUGGAGUGUUUGAUGAACUGGAUCUGUGGGAUGCUCCACUUCACCACCCGCAGAGGGAAGGCGUUCGAGCUCAGCUGCCUGAGUUCAGACAUCCUGCAGGUGGGGAAGGAGGCUUUCCGGUUCACCUGGAGGCUGGCUCGUGGCAUCAUCUCAACUGACGAUGAAAUCUUCAGACCCUUCCGGGCCAGCUCGCACUUGCUGAAGUUUGAGUCUAUUCAGGAGUAUGACUCUGGGACAUACCGGUGUGAUGUGCAGCUGUUAAGGAACUUGAAAUUUGUCAAGAGGCUCUAUUUCGGGCUGCGGGUCCUUCCUCCUCACUUGGUGAACCUGGAUUUCCAUCAGUCCCUUACUGAGAAUCAGAAGUUAGUCGAUGAGGGCCUGGAAGUGAAUCUGGACAACAGUUCUAAGCCUCAGCACCCACUGUGGGAAGAGAAGGUGGCCAUAGCCUUGGGAAUAGGAAUCGCCAGUGGAGUGGUAGGUGGCGUGUUGCUGGUCAUUGCCCUGGGCGGCGGGCUGAGGCUGAUGCAUGGCAGUGAUGGCCUCGAGUCCUUCAAAGCCUUCCUCUGGAAAGGCUGGCUGUCCAGGAACCCGGACCAGUUUAGGAAGCCAGGCUAGCUUUUUAAAGGAAUAUCUGGCGGUCUGAUUGUGGCCUGGCUAGGAGGGAGAGCUUCCACUGCCCCAAGAGUGGGGCACACGGAGAGGGGCAACGUCAUGGGAGUGCGCUGGGCAACAUUCCAGAUGGAUCUCUUCCUGAUCUUCCUGCCACUGGGCCCCCAAGAAGCCUAACCCUAGGCACCGCCGCUGCUCCUGGGGAGAGUUCUGGCUUCCAAGCUUGCAUUCACUACCUCUCACAACUUGACGCCUCUCCGCCUCUGUCCCUUCUUCUGAGCUGUGUAAUCUUGUAGAAGGACAUGUAAACAGCUUUCCUAGUGGAAACCUUCUUCUCCUCUUCAAUAAAAAUCAUUCACAGUAGCUGCCUGCAGACCUCACCACCUCUGUUCUUUAGUUAAAAAUCUCUUCC